GGGAGCUGGAAGCUUGGGGGAGGAGCUUGCGGACUAGCUGCUGUCCCAGUUUCGCCAGCAGUCGUGGCCCAGGCUGGAUAUUGUACCGCCGGACGUAAGCCGUGGUACUACAGAGACCAGUCUCUCGCUUGCCUGGCAGGAGUAGCCUCCUCCCACGCGAAAGGAAGCAAGGAAUGGAAGCAGAGAACGCGGGCAGCUAUUCCCUUCAGCAAACUCAAGCUUUUUGUACAUUUCCAUUUCAACAAAUGAUGGCUGAAGCUCCUAAUAUGGUGGUUAUGAAUGAACAGCAAAUGCCAAGAGAAGUUCCAGACCCAGCUCCUCUUCAGGAACCCAUACAAGAGACCCCAAAAAGGAAAAGAAAACCCAGAACAAUGGAACCAAAGAAACCAGUGGAACCCAAAAAACCCACCGAGGCCAAAAAAUCUGGCAAGUCCACAAAAUCGAAAGAAAAGCAAGAAAAAAUUACAGAUACAUUUAAAGUGAAAAGAAAAGUAGACCGUUUUAAUGGUGUUUCAGAGGCUGAACUUUUGACCAAGACUCUCCCGGACAUUUUGACCUUCAAUCUGGACAUUGUGAUUAUUGGCAUAAACCCAGGACUGAUGGCUGCUUACAAAGGGCAUCAUUACCCUGGACCUGGAAACCAUUUUUGGAAGUGCCUGUUUAUGUCAGGGCUGAGUGAGGUCCAACUGAACCAUAUGGAUGAUCACACUUUACCAGGAAAGUAUGGUAUUGGAUUUACUAAUAUGGUGGAAAGGACAACACCAGGCAGCAAGGAUCUUUCCAGUAAAGAAUUUCGUGAAGGAGGACGUAUUCUAGUGCAGAAAUUACAGAAAUAUCAACCACGAAUAGCAGUGUUAUACUAUAGAGUUCACUAA